AUGCAGCAGCUAAGCAAAGCCAUGGUUCUACAUUCCGUAGCGGAACUUGACCUUCUGUUUCGACAAACUUCGCAGUCGGUUCUUACUCUACAGGACAACUGCAGGUUCGUAGUAUUUGCUUCCCUGCUGGCCUUUGCAGCUGCGUACCCCGCCAGCUACGGCGAUUACUACGGAGAACAGGAAGCGGAUCAACAGUACGGACAGAUUGCACGGAUUUCGCUCGGAGACGGACACCAUGAGUACGCUCACCACGAGGAUGAGCAUGUUGAUUAUUAUGCCCCACCGAAGUACGCCUUCAAGUACGGAGUGAAUGACUUCCACACCGGAGACGUCAAGAGCCAGCACGAAACCCGCGACGGGGAUGUCGUCAAGGGUCAGUACUCGCUAGUGGAACCGGACGGUUCGGUGCGUACCGUUGACUAUACCGCCGACAAGCACACCGGAUUCAACGCCGUCGUACACAAAACUGCGCCGGUUGCCCACCACCACGGGGAUCACUACUAAGCGAUGCUGGCCGAUCGCCGAGCUCCCCGGAUUAGCUCUAGCCAGUAUUCUUUAUUGUAGACUGUGUGUACUGCCUUUUCUUACCAAAAAAUGUAUAAGUCACCGAGGUACCUUCUUAACCUCAAAAGCCAUCGGGCACGAUCUAGCACCUGAUACUCGACCUUCUUCUGCUUCUGAUCCGACCGUUUCUGAUACCUGCCCAGACUACGAUCGCCUUCCAAGUGUUUGGCCAACAUUCCGUUCGUUGUUCUGAACUGUGAUACAUUCUUGUUAUUCGUUAUUUUGUUGAAGUAUUUGUUGUUUUUGGCAUAGUUCUGUUUCCCUAUAGUUACUGUUGUAGAUUACGAUCGCUCAUUAAAGUGGAAACGUUCAAAAUCAUAUAAAAUAGCUGCCUAACGAACGGAAAAAAAUCAAACGCAUUUCGAUCGCUGGAAAACCUAACAAGCGUUACAUUAACAUGCCUGAGUAUGAACCGCUAGUUGGAAAAUUCGUUAAUCCGGACCAAAUCGUGAACAACUAACUUUAUGUAAAUAGGAAACUAUCCGGCACUUGGCGAGCGCCCGCGCCGUCCGAAAAACUAUCGCGAAAAAAAGCAUUUGCACAUGAAAAAAGACUAGAAAAACAAGUUGUACAACCACGAACCAACUCCGGUCGAUUUUCUUGUUCAUCAACGACUUCCCACUAUAGUCAGCAUAUGCGGAGAAAUUUUAACUGAUCCAAUCGGAGGAAAAACAACUUAAGAUUUCUUCGAUUAUAAAACACUUACAUUGCUCCUACCUGCGAAUAACUAGAAAACAUUAAACUUCCAAGGGGGAAAUGUUGAAAGUAAAUUCUCCUCCCAAAACGGCUAGCGCGAAUCACAAACCGCUCGGAGAGAUAAGAUGUCAAUGUGAUGCAAUCUUGCUUCCUAACCAGCAACCAGACUCACACGUCUUUCGACCCGCAGAAGAAACGCUCAGAAAUGUAAACUAACAACUUCUUUCCUUUCCGCCUCGGAUUUCCACUAACAACUGCGCCAGCUGAUUAACGUUUUAUUACCUUUCUUUCAUCCUUCAAUUUUCACUUCUGUUUUUCAUCCCGCUCGCCUUCACCGGUAGCAAAAAGCGAACGCUUGUUACUAUGUAUUUAUGUAUGUUGAUAUUACUGUAGCUAUUAUUACUGACAACGAUUUAUUAGACGUCGCGGUUUUUUUUCUCACAUG